GUUAUCAAACUUUGACACCUAAUUUCUGUUUCAUAUCAAUGGCUGCCGCCUGCUCGUUGUUAUUCUCUUGGUUUUUACGCGUUAAUACUACCAUUCGACCGUGAUAUUCAAUAAUACAGAAAUUAUUGAUAUGGUUUUUGCUGCUUUACCGGUUUCAAGUGAGAAUACGGCGCUUAUAGAAGGAAAAUACAAUAAACGCAGUGGAAAUUUCUAAGUAUGGAGGAACCGCAAAUGAAGAGGAAACCAAACGUCAUUGACUGCCACUUGAACAUCUUAAAAACCACCAAAAAACCCCUCAAUGUUGUCAUGAAUGAUAUGACAUAUCAACCAUUAAUCCCAGCUUAUGUUGGUCACAUAAAAAAUGUAAGGGACAUCUCAAAAAUAGUCUUGCUGUUAAACCAAAAGGUGCCAGUAAAGGAACUUCAACAUUUAAAAAGAGUUAGGAAACAGGAGGUAGUCAUAUGUCCCACUGAGUAUGUUAAUGAUAUGCCAAUAGAGGAUUAUCUAUGUAAGUGUGAUGAGGGGUUUAAAGAUUUAUUUGGGGCGUUUGAAGUGAAAAAUGUGCCCAAGUUACCGCCGAAGCUCAAGAAACAGUAUGAAGAUGCAAAACUGUUUUGGCCGUGCAAUUUUCAUCCAGAUAAAUACUUGGAGAAGCUGUACAGUGGGCAGUUUUUUACAGAACAGGAGUUAGAUUCACAUAGAAGAUAUAUGGAAGUAGCGUUUUUAGCAGCGAAAUGGUUUGAUGUUCAAAAUGUAGCUGUGGUAGUUGACCCAACGAUAAGUAGCGUGGUAGCAAUAGGAGAAGAUAACCGAGAAUGUCAUCCAAUGCAACACGCCGCCAUGUUGGCUAUAGAUAAUGUUGCUAGAACACAAAAUGGCGGCGCGUGGCAGUCUCAAAUGGACGAUAACACUUUCAUUGAUGUGAAAUUAUUGGAUUAUCUAAAAGAUUUGGAUGUCAAAUUUGGGCAUAGACGAUUCAAGAGUAAACAGGAAGAGGAUACAGGGCCAUAUUUGUGUACAGGUUAUGAUGUGUAUAUGAUGAAGGAGCCGUGUGUGAUGUGCGCUAUGGCGUUGGUUCAUGCUAGAGCAAGGCGGAUAUUCUUUGCUAUAGACAAUGAAGAGGAUGGAGCAUUGAAAUCCAGAGUGAAGUUGCAGACUGUGACGUCUUUGAAUCAUCGUUUUGAAGUUUUUACUGGAUUUUUGUAAAAAGUUUAUUUAUGUAAAUAAGUGAAACGGUUUUGCUAAAUAUUUUUGUAAUUAAAGUAAAUUUUAAUACUUUUAAAUGUA